AUGCCGCGUCAUGCCCUCGUAGUCACAGCUCAUCCCGAUGAUGAAUGCAUGUUUUUCGGGCCCGUGAUCCAGACACUAGUGCGCGCAAAUGUGACGGUAUCUGCACUAUGUCUCUCAGAAGGCAAUGCGGAAGGACUAGGAUCGCUACGUCGUCAUGAAUUGUUCGCCAGUUACCAUGCGUUAGGUGUACCGAACGAUCACGUCACAUGCUUAGAUGACCCACAAUUGCCUGAUAGUAUGGAGCUCACAUGGGAUCCUGAGCAUAUCCGACAGCUUCUCCUGUCGUACUUAUCGUAUCGUGAUAUUGAUACCAUCAUCACCUUUGAUCAUCAAGGUGUAUCCCUGCAUCCCAAUCACAAAGCUGUCUACCAUGGCGUGCAAGCCAUGCAAGCACGCUGGCCGGCGGAGCAUGGCUCACGGCCGAAAGUAUGGGCGUUGGUAACGCUGUCAUGGCGGUCAAAGUUUUUGGGCUAUCUAGCCAGCAUGGGGCAGCUUGCUUCAACAUACGACGUGCUGAUCCUUACGCCGUGGGCAACGUAUUGGCAAAGCCUUAUGGCGAUGCGACAGCACGCAUCCCAGCUUGUCUGGUUCAGGUAUUUGUACGUGCUGUGCUCUUCAUACAUGCACGCCAACGCCUUCCGCACCAUGACAUAA